AUGCCGCCCCGGAAGCGGCCCAAGACGUCGGAGCUCGUCACCAAGCUGCGCCACGACGCAUAUGCCCUCGAGCAGCUCCUACGCCAGCAGCGCACGCUUGCAUCGACACAGCUUCCGUGGGAAGACGUCGCACAAGCGCUCAAGGACGACAUGCUGGACAAGGUCCGCGACAACCGAUCGCUCAAGCAGGCCAUCGCGCGCAACAAGCGGCUCCUGCCGCUGCUCCAGCAGUGGGUCCAGUUGUGGCAACCAGCGCGGACGAUCGGCGCGCGCGAGAACUGGCGCCACUCGCACCUGCUCGCGGGCGACGAGGCGUUCCGUCAAGCCGCCUACGACUGGGUCUUGCACCAGGUCUACUACCACACGCCGGCCGCGAUGGCCAGCGCCGUCUACCCGAUCAACGAUCCCGCGCCGUUCAUCGACGUAGCGGUGCACUGCGACGACGACGACCUCUUCAGCGUCGGCGUCGCCACCCAAAUGAUCCUGCCGUACCCGCUACCCGAUGUCGCGCGCGGCUACUGGGCCGCCGAGCAGACGUUCACGCAAGCAUUUGCCGCCAGCAGCGACUUUCACAACAAGGGCGCGUGCAAGUACUUGGCCGCGGACGCCGACGUGCUCUACAUACGCGAAGAGCUCGGCAGCACGGACCAAAGGAUCAGCGACAAUGUCCUCAUGGGCCGCUUCCACGACGGCGACAAGCGCACGACCAUGGUGCUGCGCACGGUGCUGCACGACGACGUGUACCCGAGCCAAUCUGCGAGCACGUGGAACGUCGACACGAAGCAGUGGGUCGUCGCCGAGCGCCUUGACGAGAACACGACGCGCGUCCGCACCUACUACACGGUCGACCACCCGAGCACUGCGAGUGGGUACGUGUCGCUGGCCGACUAUGCGACUUGCUCCUGCAUCCCAUUGAAUCCGAACGCGGACACGAUCAAGGCGCAAAUCACAGACCGACUGCGGCGCCUCCAUUCGACGCAGCGCGCGUUCUUUAUGACGCACCUCAUCAACUCGAUUGCGUGUUCCGCCGCACCAAGUGCGAGUCCCCCGUAA